AUGAACUCGCUCACCGGAAGUUCGCCAAGGUAUCUCAGUUCGACUGGUGCCCUCGCCACCUGCGACGGUUGUCGCGAGGGUGGUCAGGGGCUGUACAACCCCCUUACUGCUACUCUCAUAAGCCCUGGCAUUAUUCCAGGACACUCGCUUGAAACCGCACAUCUUCUCCCCAGAUCCGACCUAAAAAUGGAUGAUAUUCUCCAGAAGCUAGCAUCCAUCCAAGAACAGGUACUUGAGCUUCAAAGGGCCAUGAAACAUGGAAACAUGGACACCCAAUUCAAGGUUCCCAAUAUGCUCGGGAAGGGCCCCGGUACCGACAAUCCCACAAAGAUUGGGGAGAAUGUAGCACGACCUCAAUGCUUGGGUGUGGUUGAGUCCCAAAACCAGGGAUGCUCCAUAGGCGACCCUUGGAUGGGCUUCCCGCAGUCGCAGGCGUCGCCUAAACUGGAUAGCCGCCCCCAACCGAGACCGGAGCCCGCCCCGGCCAACCUAGAAGAGACCUAUGCCAGGUUCUUCGGCCUUCCAGUCGAGGAUAUGGGGCCGUUUGAAUCAGAGUUCCUGGCGGGAUCAGGUCCAGUGUCCCCGUCAAACGGCGAGGGAGGACAGGCUCCCUAUCACGUCUCCAUUGACUCCGUGAGUGCAGCAUACCCGCCAGACCGUUCUAAUCCGGCUUGUAUGAGCGAUAAAGAUCCUUCAACGACCAAGAAAACAGCCGUUCAAGCGAACGACGGCACAGUGGUGCCGGCUCUCCCCAGACCCAGCCCGAGACCGGUUGGACACCACCUCCCUAUCCCGGUCAUCGAUCUCACCGAUCACCCCUCAAACCUCAACACGACCUACUGUGAUUCCCGUUCCCAAGAUCUGAACAUCCCAGUUCCAGGGGUUGAACCGCAGCGUACCGCGGUUCAACUGGAGUCUCCAAGUAUCGUUUUCAAGGGGCUGGACAUGGCCGACGAGGUUGCGGGAACAACAGGGUUGAAUCCAACCAAGGGCCAAGACACCGCGGGAGAAAGGAACCUCACCAACUGGUACCAAUAUAACCCCGCUGUUGGAGCUCCAUGCUCCGUCCCCAGCAGCCUGUCGGUACAGGCGGGUAGUUUUGAUUCCAUCGCCCCCACUACCGGCCUGGGAGGGCCCGACUCGCUCUGCCUGGGCUCACAUAUGGCCUCGGUGCACACAAAGCGAUAG